AUGGCCGCGUCAAAGGAUGGAUCCGAGUCUGUGGACGACUUUCUCGCCCGCAUAUCAAGCUUGAACUCAAAACAAGGUGAGGAAGAGGCGGAGCGAUCGAGGAGGAUGGAGGAAGAAAUGUUGCAAGCUAGAAAGGAGAGGCAGGCAAGAAGAGCUGAGCGCGCACGAUCUCUUUCUCCCUCCAAAACUGGCCCUACACCCUCCUUGCGCCUCGUCGGAGAGAGCACACCCAAAUCCAGGCAAGCGAUCGAACCUCCUGUAGCCCUGACUCCUCCUCUACAGUCUCGCACUCUUGGCCGAGCUGGGGCGAGCUCGCCAAAGUCCGGCAGGACCCCAGUAUCCUCACUUGACUUCUCCCGGCCAUCAGUUUCAUCUCUUAGCGAAGAGCCAUCAAUGCCCAGUCCACCCACUAAUGCAACUGCGCUGUCACGGAGUGGAACUUUGUCCUGGAAGCAGAGGCCUCUGUCGAGGGGUACUGGCUCUUUCAGAGCAAGACCGCAGUCUGUGGCAUCUUUGUCUGACACAAGCCUGGCACCGAAGCUCAGCCACCAAAAAGAUGCGGAGGAAAUGUCGCGACAAGACAUUGCGGCCUCAUUAGGAGUAAAAGAUCCUGCAUUUUUCCGCCAAACAGCGGACCGUGGUCUCGGCUCCGCCGCAUACCGGAAAAAUGAUAGCGAUGCAGAUAGGCCUCCCUCUUUUGCUCAGGGCAGUUUGAGGCUUCCAGGGAUGUCGAACGGAACAGGCCAGGCUACUGAACGCUCGAAGGACUUCGAACCUGCUGGUCUUCGUGAAAGCCUUCCCACGAUACGCUCUCCACCGGCGUUGGAUCAGCGACGGGCGCAUAAUCUUGGAGCUGGAGUUCCCGCCCGUCCACUUUCAGUAGCCACGUCCACUCCGACUAAAUCACCGAUGUUGGACCUGCCUGCCUUCAAGCCUUUGGACCUCACUGCCCCCUCCGACCCAGACGUCUCCAGUCUUGAUCGCACCUCAAGCGUGCUGCGCUCAGACGGACGCCCACUAUCUCCAACCAAAGGAUUGGGAGGAUUUGUUGAGAGCGCAAUGAUGAAAAGAUCAGACAGCGUAAACAAGAGAUGGAGUGUUCAGGCCAAUGCAGGUCUUAAGCGUGGAGACUCUAUCGCAGGCUCUCGGCCGCCACAUCUCUCCGGCGUCUCUGGAUUCAGCCCAGGACACAGUCGCAAUACUUCAAAGGAUGCAAGAAUGGAGGGUAAUUCGUCACCCCUGUCAAGCUCCAGGCCGGUUUCAAGCCAUGGUGUCGGUCUUGCAAGCGUCACAAGAGGCCGUCCACUUCCCUUGCCUGAAGAGAGUGAAGCUGUAUUCGCUCCUGCGCCUUCGGUAGAAUCACAAACCAAGGAACGCAUGCCAACGGAGUCUCCCAAUCGGGAGCCGAAAGAACUACCAAUGACCCCACCGCCUUUAGAAUCGCCAUUGGGUCGAAGUCCUUCGAAGACUAUGGAUCCACGUCGCUGGAGUCCAACAAAGGCAAGUUGGCUCGAAAGUGCAUUGAACAAACCCGACACUUCCAGAUUCACGGCCGCUAAACCAGAAGUACCAGCGUGGAAGUUGAACAUGCAACGCUCCAAGUUUGAACAACAGCCUCAAGUCACUGAAUCGGCCGCUAUUGCUGAUAUCAAAACGGCCACCCCCUCCAAGCCACGUCCUCAAAAGACAACAUCACCAGAAAGACAUCACAUUGCUCAUGCAGAAAGAGAAGAUUCUCCACCAAGACAGAAUGUGAAGAAGACGAGGGCCCCAGAAGUGUCGCAAGUCGAGCAGAGAUCUACUCCUGCAGCCGAGGAGUCGGUCCUCAACAAGAUUGAGGAGAAACCAGCUGUCCCGUCCAAGAGAAACAUCACUCCUGUCCAGCAGCAGUCCUCGCCUGACGUGGCAUCACCUGCUUCACUCAAAGCCGAUUCAAAAUCCGAGACGAAACCUCCAGCUGUAAAACCUAAACCUCAGACGCCGCCGAAAACAGAUUUUAGAGCCAGCCUCAAGUCGCGACAAGGAGGGGCAGGGACGAGUAACGAAACGGAGCCUGAGUUCAAAGCAGUCUUUGGCAAACUGAAGCGGGCCCAGACCCAAAAUUAUGUUGCCCCUGACGUGCUUAAAAACAACAUUACUAAGGGAAAGGCCGCGCUGAACACCACGGGAGGGCCACAAAAGAGCAAUCGUGUCGAUGAAUUGAAAGAGAGCAUCUUGCAGAAAAAGGAAGCAAUGAAAGCUGCGGGUGGCUCACCAAGCAGACGCCCUGAGACUUCUGUUCAGGAAGAGAAGCCUGCUGAGCCAGUUCCGGAAGCAUUAGCACGACGUAAGACCCUGCACAGGACCGCUGCCUCGACGGAGAAGGUUGACGUUGUCAAAAUGUUUGACCCUCCAGCUAAAGCGUCGCCAUCAGCUGCUGCCCUAACCCCGUCUGAGAAGCCCACGCCGUCUAAGGAGGACUCACUGCCGCCUAGGGAGGAUCCAGCCAAGAAAUCAUCUGGAACCAGCCAGGCCAAGCUGAUGCAGAAUGAACGUGCUGAAGUGUCUGCCAGACCGGUCUCGCCAGAGAAAUUCGAACCAAAGCAAUCUGGGAAGGAGAAAGCCGAGAGCAAGGUCGAGCCAAUUUCGGUCAACAGUUUCAAAACCAUGCUGCCCGACAACAGCAAACUUGCGGCACGUCUGAAUCCUGCGCUGGCCGGCAUCUUGUCACGAAGUGGUAGUCCCAAACUACCUGGAGAUUCAGCAUCCAACGGUAACAGUGAGCUGCCGGUUCGAGAAACGGAGCAGGCUUCCCGCAAAGGUGCAGCUGAUUCUUCUCAAGACUUGACCCAUAUGACGAAAGCCCGAGCAAAGGGACCGAAGAGGAGGGCGCCAAAGGCCAGCUCCUCAUCGAAAGAAGCAACCGAGCUCGAUGUGCAGAAGUCCGAGGCGCCAUCAGCCUCUACAAGAGCAGAGAAGACCUCAACCCAGGACUCUUUCAGGGAGAAUCCCGCAAUGAUAACGUCGCAGCCUCUAAAUGCACUUAAGGGGAUCGCCGAAAAGUUCAAUGGCUCUGCCAAGUCGACCGAGGCUUCGUCCAGUCCUCUACCGAAGCCCAAGCCACCCGUAGCAAAUAAGUCUAUGGAGGUGCGCAAGGUCUCAAGCACGGGUACACCGUCUAUGAAAGAUAGUCCUGCGCCUGCAAAGUCACCUAGCCCAAAGAAAUUUGAAGUGCUGAACGAUCGGACGGUACCUGUAUUCACACCACCAGAGCUCGAUGGUGUAAGGGAGACCGCACCAAUCACGCCCCGCAAAGCCUCAAACCGGCCACUGACGCCUAGUACAUCGAAACUGAACACCACAAAGCCUCCCAGGCCUCUUCCUGAUAGCCCAGCCAAACCUACGACAGUGACUCCUUCUAAGAUUAGUGGGCUUGGAUUGCAGCUGGGCUCCGCGACAAAAGGCACGGCUGCUGCGCCAGUACUGACACCUCCACCUGAGAGGGAAUUUGCUUCCAAUCGUGCAGAGCCCUCUCCUCGAAAGGGGGUUUCACCUUCAAAGUCAUCUUCUUUCAUAAAGCCUCGGCUUGAGGGCUUCUUUGGCAUCCUACCUCAAGCGAGAGACGCAGCUGAAUUCGACACGGAAAAAUUCCUCUCUUCGCAGCGUAAGCCACAGGAAAAGUCGAGGACACUUUCGAAUCAAAUCUGGGAAGUGACGGGUGACGGUAAGAGAACAGCUAUGCCACCUCAGCAGGAGCAUAUUCUAUUCGAAGACUGCAUGUAUCUUUCCGUGCAUUCAAUGCAAUCGUCCAACGGCUCGAAGACGUCCGGGGUCUACCUUUGGAGCGGGGAUGAAGUUCCCGAGGCUGCCGUCGAAGACGCUCAACUAUUCUGCAGGAGGAUUGCGCGCGACAACAACGCCAAACUGGAAGUUGUGAGACAAGGGAAAGAGAGCUCGGAAUUCUUCCAGGCGCUCGGUGGUAUUGUCAUCGUAAGGAGAAACAAGUCUUCGGCGCUGUACAUGCUAUGCGGUAGACGGCAUCUCGGGCAUGUUGCGUUUGAUGAGGUUGAGCUCUCAAGCUCCAGCCUCUCGUCCGGAUUUCCUUUCUUAAUAUCUGCCAAAUUUGCCAAAUUCUAUCUUUGGAAAGGGGUGGGUGCCGAUCAGGAGGACGUUGGUUGCGCGAGACUAAUAGGCAUGGACCUUGGUCUUACUGGGGAGAUUGAAGAAGUCACCGAAGGCGAAGAACCAUCCACUUUCUGGGAGGCGUUCCCAUCUCGUUCCCCAAGGAAGCCGAGCACAGGAAAAGGCGCCAGCCCGAGCCAAGCUCGAAGCCAGGGGCCCAAGCUAUAUCGACUCGAACACGACAGACCGAAAUCAGCCGGCAAUUUCGGGGGUCUCAGAUCAGCAUCACCUCCAAAGCAGUCCAACGUUGCGGUGGUGGAGGAGAUUGCUCCUUUCAACCAGAGAGACCUGGAUUCCCACAACAUUCAUCUUCUUGACAUGUAUGAUGAGGUUUAUGUACUUGUUGGAGCUACUGCCAGGAAGCCGGCAGAAUUUGUGACGGCGAUACGAGUCGCAGAAGAGAUCGCGGUGCUUGCGCCUUCUAUACAGGAUCGGCCAGUCUUACCGGUAUGUUAUGUGGUCCUGGGUGAUCCUCCUCAAAAAGUCAAAGACGUGUUUCGGAAGUGGAGGCCAGAUCGAUCAGCGACACAGGUUGAUCCACUAUGUGUACGAGUUGAUGAGAUUUUGCACGAGCUGGGCAUCACGAUGUAA